GAUCGGAGUUUCCUCUCUCCGGUGACCCUGAGCUGCGCCUUUCUCAGCCGCCUCCCAAGGCCCCAGGCGCUCUGCGGGGGCUCUGGCGGGCUUGGUGGGGGGUGGGUGUUCUCGUUAUUUCAGCGGCGCUGCCCCUGCCCCUGCGGGAGGGACUGUGGGACCCGAGACAUCCCCGCCUGGCCUCCCCUCCCCACCCCGGAGUGGGGCUCCCCCCCCACAACCUCGGGUAAAGACGCUUCUGGAAGGAAGGGCGCCCAUGGCAACCUCACGGGCUGGGGAGGCCGGGACCGCUGCCCCCUCCGCCCCUCGACCCCCGCCCCCCGCCCUUCCUGGCUGCGGUUGGACCCGGCUGUGCGGGGCGCGAGGCUGCCUUCCCGGGGAUCACCAGGGACCAACCGGCGCGCUCCCUGGGAAUCCGCACCCCUGGCCCCAGCGCUCCGGAGCGACCCGGGUCAGCCCCUGGCUGCCUGCAGUGGGCCCCUGGGCGAGCCCCGGGCGGACCCAGGAGUGAGCACCUGGUGGGCGGCAACGAUGAUCCCGCGAGGGAAGCGCAGGGGCGGCAGGAGCUGUGGCAGCAGCCCCAGGAUGGGGCGCGGGGAGCACGCUGAGAUGUCCUUUCCCGCAGCGGCCCCGCAGUUGAAGCGUGGGUUUGGGUUUUGGUUUUUCUUUGUGGCAACAGUUCUGUUGAGAUAUUACUCGCCUGCCAUAUAACUCACCCAUUUUAAGAGUACACCUCAGGGGUCCUGCGUGUAUUGACAAACCCGCCGCCGUCAC